CACUACUGGAAGGGGCGGCGCUGCCAUGACAGAGGGAAGUAAAAGUGAAAGCUUAUCGCGAUUAGAAGCGGUUAUUAUUACGAAGAGCUCGCAAUGGGCCCAUCCUGCACAGGACGCUAAAACAUACAUACGGUGUCCAGCAACCGGGGAGCUAGAUUACCUAGCUGAGGUAUUGGAGGAACUGACCAGCGUGGGCCCUUUAAGCUCUAUUGUUUUCAGAUGAACGCUCAAAUUGCUCGACGCUGUCUCCUUUGAUAGCCUACGAAAUGGAGGUCCAGAGAAGAGAAACUUGUCCAGGGUCACAGAGCUGAUAAAUAAAAAUUAAAACAGAGGGUAACAGAAAGAAUGAUCUAGCUUGUCAGAUCAACCUAAACCAAUGCUCUUAUCACCAUACCUUUCAUGGAAGCAAAAGUCCUGCCCUUCGUAUUCUUUAUUUCUUAAUGAAGCUUCCAGGUCCAAGCAUGGAGAAUGGAAGUAAAAAUAGUUUUUUUCUUCUUAGUAAUUAAGGACCCUAAUACGGAGUAAGAUGAGGCCCAUCGAUCCUAGAAACCCUCUUAGGAGUUCCAGAGAUAGCAAGCAAUUUGGUCAAGUCACUCUUGACCUGGACUCCAAAUCUCUCCUACCUUCCUACACCACUAUCACUCUGAGAUUGUUUCAGUAGUUGGACUCUACCUUCCCGAACUCAGAGGAUCACAUUCUGUUGGCUGAGAAACCUAGAAGCAAGACGCAAGGACCAUUCAGGCACCCUACAGACUCCAAAAACCGACUUCCAAAUUAAGAUUUAAAAGAAUCGCCCAAGAUGGGAAGACUGGCAUGGGAAACAAUCAGCGCUGGUCAAGUUCCCACCCGGACUCCUUUUUUCUGUGCUCAGGAAGUUGGAGGGGGCGGGGACGGGAGUGUUACCACCCAUCUGCCGGAAGUUGCUUUUUCCUGAAUACCUGGCCAUUCUUCCGGCUCAGCUUUCUAGCUCCUGAUUCCAAGUUGGCAACAACAUACUUCUGAUUCUGCCCCUCCACUGAGCUGUAAAAAUGCAUUAAUCAGAACUGCCUGCCAUCUUCCUGAGCAAGACUUUUAAUUGGACCCAAUAUGCUUCAUUUCAUCCAGAAGUUUUCUCAAGCAUCUUCAAAGAUGCUGAAGUACCCUUUCACAUUCCGACUAGGAGCCAGCAGAAUAGAAACAUCUUCUCUCAAGACAUGUCUCCAGCAGAACUUUUCCCCUUUGUUCCCAAGGCCUUGGUUUUUCUCAUCAUUUCCAGUGUAUAUGAGCAAGACACAAUACUAUCAUACUUCCCCAUGCAGCUAUAAGAAGCAGCAGAAGCAAGAAGUCCUUCCAGCCAAGCCAUCAGGCACCAUGACUUUCCUGCUUGACAGCCCAAAGCCAGUGUUAUACAUAACUCUGGCAGGACUAAUCCCCUUCGUUGCUCCACCACUGGUCAUGGUGAUGACAGAGACUUAUAUCCCCUUACUAGCUUUUACUCAGAUGGCUUAUGGAGCCAGUUUCCUAUCUUUCUUGGGAGGGAUCAAAUGGGGUUUUGCUCUGCCAGAAGACAGUACGGCCAAACCAGACUUCCUCAGUUUAGCUAGUAGUACAGCUCCUCUUAUGUUUUCCUGGUUUGCCUUCCUUAUUUCUGAAAGGCUCAGUGAAGCUAUAGUCACAGUAAUAAUAGGUUUGGGGGUAGCAUUACACAUUGAACUUUUUCUCUUGCCACAUUAUCCCAACUGGUUCAAAGCCCUUAAGAUAGUAGUCACUCUUGUGGCUGUGCUUUCAUUUAUAAUCACUUUACUAGUUAAAGAUAUUUAUCCAGAGGAAGGACCCAAGAGGCCUGGUCAAGUAGAAUAAAUAUAAAAUUACUCUGUAGAUGACGUUGGCAUGUUGGCUACAAGCUUGUGUUUUGGUUUCACCUUUUUCUACUUCUGGUUAGCUUUUGUUCCCCAUCAGUGGUUAUUUAUUCUUCACAGAUUUUUCUUCAUUUCUAGAAAUCUUUAUUUCCUAGGAAUUACUUGACAGGAGUUUGGAAAUCCCUAACAAAUCAUUUUCACUUUAGGUUCCCGUUUUGAGUCUAUAUAAAUUAUAUAUAACAUUUUAAUGUUUUACUUGUUUUGAAAAAUGUAAAAUGAAAAAAAUAUAUACAAUGAUAAAAAUGAAAAUCUCUUUUGCUAGAGCCAUAUGAUCAUUGAAAAAAGACACGCAUAUUCUCCCAUAAGAGGAAAAUUUUGUAUCCAUGAGUGUGGUUCCAGUGUGGAGUUGUCAUUGUAGUUGGCCCUUGUAAUUGCAUUUCCAAGCUCAUUUUAUCUACUAUCUAGUUAUAUAAGCUGAAACGAUCUGUGGCUCUAGAAGUCAGUAGGGAGCAGUAUAGCAAGGGGGAAGCCAUAUUCAAAGAAAAGCUGGACACAUUUUCCAGUGUUUAUCCAGUUUUUAUGGACACAACCCCAUCUUCAAACAGCUGGUCAAAAAAAAUUAAAAAUAAAGUCACUAGUAUAUAUAAAUUAGGAAAAGUCAAA